GGUGCCCUAACCCCAAAUGGAUGAUCACCCACCUCUCAAACCUCUCUCUUCUCUCUGACUGAGUCUCAAGCUCACUGAGUCUCACCUCUCUCUCACGGCUGGUGUCGUCGUCGACAUCUCUCUCUCCGGUAUCUCGCUUCUCUCGCGGCCGUUUCGGACUCAAGCUCGUCGCGCUCUGUCAGCGUCGUAAGCAUGUCGCGCUCUAUCACCGUCGCAAGCUCUGUCGCGCUCUGUCACCAUCGUAAGAUCGUCUUCCUGCUUCUGCCAUCAACGCUUCCUUCGCCGUGAGUUGGUUUCUUGGCAGUGACCCACCGGUUGAACCGGCAAUCCGGUCAUAUGGCCGGGUUGAUUACCGGUUCGGUUCUGAUAACUACGCCUGAAAUCCUAGCUUCACUACCGCCGCAAGGACUGCCGCAUCCAUCGAGCUCAAGCACCACCUUCGAUGUCUGGUCGUCUACCCGUCUUCAUUCAACAAUCGCACCUCCUUCCUGGAGCUCAGCGUCAGUCCCUGGACUUCGUCUGCUCCGUCGCGCUCCUACCGCCGUCCAUCGCGCUCCUGCCGCCGUCCGGCGCGCUCAGGCACCACCGUCUUCGUCUAGUCGUGGUGCUUGAAGUUUCCAACCCACCAAUCGCGGCUUCUUCCUCGAGCUCGGCGUGUUGGAGUCUGCUCUUCGUUUGUCAGCCGCAGCUUCUUCCAACCCACCACCGUUGUGCUCGUCACCUGGCCUCCGUCUCCGACCACAGUUGAAUUGAUUGGACCAGUAAAUCAGUGAACCAGUGACGAGAGGUUCGGUGGCUAGUCUGGUUUUCAGAACCUUGCUUCUUAACGACCGCUAUCCUCAUUUCUGCAACCGCAUUGUUCUCACCAUGGCCCAACCAGACUCCCACGCCACCAACGGCUCCAUCGUCGCCGAGAUCCAAGAGCCCUCCCCCGAGAUCCUCAAGAUCCACCAAGACGCUGACAUUUCCACCAACCUUGCUUCUCUCCUCCGUGUAAAGAAGCUCUCCAACAAUGCCGUUCUUCCCUCUAGGGCUUCUCCUCUCUCCGCCGGUUACGAUCUUUCCAGUGCUGUGGAGACGAAGAUUUUGGCGAGAGGCAAGGCUCUGGUGGCUACUGAUCUCAGCAUUUCGAUUCCAGAAGGCACCUAUGCGCGCAUUGCUCCGCGAUCAGGUCUUGCGUUGAAGCAUUCGAUUGACGUUGGUGCAGGGGUGAUCGACGCCGAUUACAGAGGACCGGUUGGGGUGAUACUGUUCAACCAUUCGGAUGUUGAUUUUGAGGUGAAGGUUGGUGACAGAGUUGCACAGCUGAUUUUGGAGAAGAUUGUGACUCCUGAUGUUGUUGAGGUUGAGGAUUUGGAUUCAACUGUUAGGGGUGAAGGUGGGUUUGGAUCAACCGGUGUUUGAAUUAGGGAUUAGGGCUUGGGGUUCUAAGUUGAGAUUUCUCUGUUUUCCUGGGCUUAUAUUUUAUUUUUCGAACGUGAUUUAAUUGAUAUUUAUCUCAAAAUUUGUUGCAGGGGUUUAUCAAUCAAGUUAUUAAGUUAUUGGAACUUUGAAUAUUCUAAUCAAUUCAAAACUUGGUUCAGUUUGGUUCA